AAUUGAACUCAUGAUCUUUGGUCUUUGAAUUUUUAAGGCAAGUGUGAUGUUUUAAGACUCGGAUUUCCUCAAGAACUCUCAACUAUUAUGGAUAAAGAUUACACGACAACGCUGCAAAUUCCUUCUCAUAACAAUCCCAUUAAUCUCUCGAUACUUGCAUAUAAUUGCGUGUUGGGUGUGUGAUUUUAUGCACCCACACGUAUAUAUAUAUAUAUAUAUAUAUAUAUCAACAAUUAAGCUGCAGUACAGACUGCUAUGGCAGACCAACCAAGAAACGCCGCCACCAAACCGCCGGUGUGUGUCACCGGGGCCAACGGUUUCAUCGGCUCAUGGUUAGUGAAAACUCUUCUGGAACACGGGUACACCACCAUCCACCUCUCCAUAUUCCCCGGCUCCGACCCUUCUCACCUCUUCACCAUCCCGGGCGCUACCAGCCCCGCCGUCAGCUUGAUCGUGCACCACGCCGACCUCCUCGACGCCGCCGCUGUGGAUAAGGCCGUGGAGGGGUGCGCCGGGGGUGGGGUCUUCCACGUGGCGUCUCCGUGCACGCUCGAGGACCCCGUUGAUCCCCAGACGGAGUUGUUGGAACCUGCGGUGAAGGGCACUCUGAACGUGCUUGCCGCCGCCAAGAAGUUCGGGGUGCGGCGCGUGGUGCUCACUUCCUCAAUCUCCGCCAUGGUGCCUAACCCGGGGUGGCCCACUGGCAAGGUGUUUGAUGAGUCAUCGUGGACUGAUCUUGACUAUUGCAAGUCACGCCAGAGAUGGUAUCCGGUGUCAAAAACUCUUGCUGAGAAAGCUGCAUGGGAGUUCGCAAAGGAAAAUAAUGUGGAUGUCGUAGCAAUAAAUCCUGCUACUUGUCUUGGCCAACUUUUGCAAUCCGGACUGAACGCUAGCUGUGCCGUCUUGCAACAGCUGCUUCAGGGGUCAAAAGAUACACAGGAGUACCAUUGGCUGGGGGCUGUGCAUGUCAAAGAUGUAGCAACAGCACAAAUACUCUUGUUUGAAACUCCUACUGCUUCGGGUAGAUACCUGUGUACCAAUGGUAUCUAUCAGUUUGGUGAUUUUGCUGAGAUUUACGGGUGAAACGCAACCAGGGUUGGUGGCUUGCAAGGAUGCUGCAAAGAGAUUGAUUGAUUUGGGAUUAAAAUUUAUUCCAGUAGAAGAUGCUGUCAGGGACACAGUGUUUAGCCUUAAAGCAAAAGGCUUCCUGGGGCAGGAAAAGCCAUCAUCUUAAACUCCUUUUUGGAGUUGGAAACUUGAGCAUCUUUCAAUUGUUUAUUUGAUAUCAUAAUGAACCCCAAUAAACUAAUUUUUCUUUUGAAAGCAGUGCAAUUGAUUUCAUCACAAUACUUUGCUGUUACUGUUGGAGAUCUGAAAUUUAAUUUGCAUAUACUUCAUCUUGAUAGUGCCA